AAGGCAAAGGGAAAUAACUUAAUUAAGGAAGCAAAAAGAUGGGGUCUUCCAUGGCCAGUAUAAUGGCCACUGUGCUUGUGGUGGCAACGUUCUUCCUCAUCCAGCCAUCCCAAACUGCUGCAGCCAAUACGGAAGGAUUCAUCCUUAAACCCUUUCCUUUCCCCAGGAGAUCACCACCUCCUCCACCACCCCGAGCUGUCUGUACCUGUCCGCCUCCUCCACCAGUGCAGGCUCCACCCCCACCGUCUCCUCCACCGCCUAUGCCAUCUCCACCCCCGCCGUCUCCCCCACCGCCUCCUCCCCCAGUGACGUCUCCACCCCCGCCUUCUCCUCCACCACCGCCUCCCCCAGUUACGUCUCCACCCCCACCAUCUCUUCGACCGCCUCCUCCCCCAGUGACGUCUCCACCCCCACCGUCUCCUCCACCACCUCCACCACCUAUGCUGUCUCCACCCCCGCCGUCUCCCCGACCGCCUCCUCCUCCAGUGACGUCUCCACCCCCGCCUUCUCCUCCACCACCGCCUCCCCCAGUUAAGUCUCCACCCCCGCCGCCACCCCCAGUUAGGUCCCCACCCCCGCCACCCCCGGUGCGGUCUCCACCACCACCCGUGAGGCGUUCGCCUCCGCCUCCGCCUCGGCGAGGAGGGAGGAUAUAGCCUCCAUGCUCUCACACAGCUCGGAAAGGUGACGAAUGAUAUGAAGAAAUAAAUGAAGAGAUGGAUGAAGACCUCAUCUAAUAAUUAAUGCAGAGAAUUAGAAAGCGAUCGCGAGUAUAUCCUAUUUACUCUCUGUACUUAUCGGAAUAAAGGGGAAUAAAAAGUAAAUCUUAUAUUUCCUAUUUACUCUCUGUACUGCGGAUAUAAGAGGGAGGUACUCCAUGUCUCUAUGAUCAUCAACCCUCUUAUAAUAACAAAGAAAUAGAGCGUCUUAUCAAUUCUUAAGAA